AUGCCGCGGGCGAUAUCAGUUAAACACACCCCCGGAAAGCCGGGGAAGGUAUACUAUCCGUUGAGCAUCGACACGGUGCCGAAACCCAGCCCGGGACCAGGCCAGCUCUUGAUCAAGAUCCACGCGGCGGCCCUCAACCAUCGAGACUUGUUCAUUCGCCAAGCUCUGUACCCGGCCAUCGGCUUCGGAGUGCCUCUUCUGGCCGAUGGGUGCGGUACGGUGACUGAAGUCGGCGCUGGUGCCAACGCGUCAUGGGUCGGCAAGCGAGUCGUGCUCAAUCCCGGCACCGGGUGGAAGGAUUCACUCGAAGGGCCCGAAGACCGUCGAGGGUAUCAGAUCCUGGGCGGCACGAAAACCACCGACGUUGGCACAUUGCAAGAGUACUGCGCCGUGGACGAGACCGAGGUCGAGGAGGCACCUGCUCACUUGAGCGACGUCGAAUGUGCAGCGAUCCCUCUGACCGGACUCACGGCGUGGCGGGCCGUCAUGGUCAAGUGUGGUGCUCACAAUCUUCAACCUGGAAAAAACAUCCUGAUCACCGGUAUUGGUGGGGGAGUGGCCUUGAUGGCGCUCAUGUUCGUUACGGCCACGGGUGCCAACGCCUGGGUGACGAGCGGCGACCAGGCCAAAAUCGACAAGGCCGUGGCGCUGGGCGCAAAGGGCGGUGUGAUUUACAAAGAAAAGGACUGGCACUCGAAACUGCUCAAGCUGCUGCCGAAUGAUAACAAAAAAUUCGAUGCCAUUGUGGACGGUGCCGGGGCGGACAUUGUGGAAAAAGGGGCCAAGUUACUCAAGGACGGUGGCAUAGUCUCCAUCUACGGCAUGACGGUGAGCCCCAAGAUGCCAUUCCUGAUGCAAGCCGUGUUGCGGAACAUCGAGGUCAAGGGAUCAACCAUGGGAAGUCGAAAGGAGUUCAAGGACAUGGUUGAUUUUGUCAAACGGUCAAGGUCCAAGCCCGUCGUGAGUCGAGUAGUCAGUGGCAUCGAGGACAUCGACGGCAUCAAUGGCCUCUUCGACGAGAUGAAGCAGGGAUCUCAGUUUGGAAAAUUGGUCGUCGAGAUAGGGGACAAGAGACAAGCGAAGUUGUGA